AUUGGUGAAAAAAAUACUGGUGAAUUUCGUGCUCUACCGAAAUUUUUCUUUCUAGUAUUUGAAGUUUUUUUUGUGGGAGCCGAUUCGAUUUUUCCCGUGUGAUUGAAAAAAAACACACAAAAAAUUUAAAUUAUACACGAAUUGAUUAAAAAACAAAUAUCCCCCCGAAAAAAUGCAGUGCAGUCUACGUAAUGUCAUAUGCCUUGCAAGCAAGGCCCCAUUGAAGACAAAUGGAGCUAUUCUUGGAGCCCUAAAUGGUCGCUUCUAUUCCACCACCCAUGAAGCUGAUCUUGUUGUGAUUGGCUCUGGACCCGGUGGAUAUGUAGCUUCCAUUAAAGCAGCCCAAUUGGGAAUGAAGACUGUUAACAUCGAAAAAUACCCAACACUGGGUGGAACCUGUUUAAAUGUCGGUUGUAUUCCAUCCAAAGCUUUGUUAAACAAUUCAUAUUUGUAUGAAAUGGCAGCACAGGGUCAUAUGGCCGAUCGUGGUAUUAAUGUGAGUGGAGUCGAAUUGGAUUUGGAGAAGCUGAUGUCAAUGAAGAAGAAUGUUGUGAAAUCAUUGACUGGUGGAAUUGCACAGCUUUUCAAGAAGAACAAAGUUACACAAUUGACUGGAUUGGGAACUAUUACUUCGCCAAAUGUUGUUGAAGUCACAAAGGAAGAUGGAAGCAAGGACACGAUUAAUACAAAGAAUAUUAUGAUUGCUAGUGGUUCAGUUGUGACACCAUUCCCUGGAAUUGAGGUCGAUGAAGAAGUCAUUGUUUCCAGUACAGGUGCCCUCUCACUCAAACAAGUUCCCGAAAAAAUGAUCAUCAUUGGAGCUGGUGUAAUUGGUCUUGAACUUGGUUCCGUGUGGGGACGUCUUGGUGCUGAAGUAACUGCCGUUGAAUUCUUGGAAACCAUUGGUGGAGCUGGUAUUGAUGCUGAAGUCUCAAAAACCUUCCAAAAAGUCCUCACCAAGCAAAAGAUGAACUUCAAAUUGGGAACAAAAGUACUCGGUGCCUCCAAAUCUGGUGGACAAGUCACCGUCUCUGUUGAGAAUGUAAAGUCUGGCGAAAAGGAAGAUCUAGUCUGUGAUGUGCUUCUUGUUUGUGUUGGUCGCAAGCCAUACACCGAAGGACUAGGUUUGGAAAAUGUUGGCAUUGUCGUUGACGACAGGGGCAGGAUUCCAGUCAACGCCCAAUUGCAAACAGUUGUACCUAAUAUCUAUGCCAUUGGUGAUGUCAUUCACGGACCAAUGUUGGCCCACAAAGCCGAAGAUGAGGGUUCAGCUUGUGCGGAAGGUAUGAUGGGCGGUCAUGUGCAUAUUGAUUAUAACUGUGUGCCAAGUGUGGUGUACACUCAUCCUGAAGUUGCGUGGGUUGGCAAAUCUGAGGAAAUGUUGAAACAAGAAGGAGUUGAAUACAAAGUCGGUAAAUUCCCAUUCAUGGCUAAUUCCAGAGCGAAGACUAAUAACGAAGCCGAGGGAUUUGUCAAAGUCUUGGCUGAUAAAUCAACAGAUAGAAUUUUGGGAACACACAUUAUUGGACCUGCUGCUGGUGAAAUCAUCAAUGAAGCUGCCCUUGCCAUGGAAUAUGGAGCAUCUGCUGAAGAUGUUGCCCGUGUCUGUCAUGCCCAUCCUACCAACUCUGAAGCCUUGAGGGAAGCCAAUAUUGCCGCUUCAUUCGGCAAACCAAUCAACUUCUAGUUUCAUUCUUCAAUCAAUCCCUCUUCCCCUGUAAUUUCACACCACAAACCGUCGUCGUUCGUAAUAAUGAAUUUUUUUUAGAGAGAGAGAUAACUUAACAUUGUAAUGCUUGAUGAUGAUGGUGUGUGGCUGGAUGGUGUGUAGUUUAUUUAUCUUUCAACAAAAAUAUUAGAAGCAAUUUAUUUUUAAUUAUAUUAUUACUUCUCACCUCACAAAAAAAAAAAAAAAAACAA